AUGCUACAAACACCCACAAUCACCAAAACUGUGCUCCUCCUAUUCAAUUCCGUGUUCCUCCUUCUUGGAGUGGUCCUCCUGUCUUCCGGAAUUUGGUUUUUGGCAGAUCCCCGUCAUUUUCUGACUACUUUCGGCGCGGACGAAAUACUCGUGACCUACAAAUCCGACCCCUCCCUCGAAGACCUCAAAAUGCUGUACACCCAAUUCGCCUACGUCCUCAUAUCCGUGGGCCUCUUCAUCACCGGAGUCUGUCUAUUUGGCAUCCUGGGGACACUCAAAGGCAACCGAGUGAUCCUCCUCGUCUAUUCGUUAUUGCUGUUUGUCAUUUUGAUGUUUGUGGUCAUCUCCACUAUCCUCCUGGCCGUCUACGAGACCGAGGUGGUGGCUCAAAUCAAACACUUUCUUCAAAAUAGUCUCCAAGAACGCUACACGGGGGACUCCUCUCACUUUUUCACCAAGGCCUGGAACUUUUUACAGUCCAAUUUAGAAUGUUGUGGAGUAAUGAACUACACUGACUUUAACCAAACUACAAACUGGACUGUCCGGUACUCCCCUCUCGCCAUUUUGCCUGCGAGUUGUUGUUCCACGGAGGACAAGACCCUCCUUGCUGAAUGCACCGAAAACCACAAUUUGUACUCGGAUGUGUCCAAUGCUAAUGUGGGAUGUCUUGGGAAGUUGUUGAAUUUGAUCAAAAAAUAUGGAGGGGUCACUCUUGGGACAAUCAUAGCCAUUUGUUGUGGACUGAUCAUCAUGAUGCUCUCCGCCUCCUAUCUAACCAUUAAAGCUUAUUAUAAAAUUGAAGUAUAA